UGAGCGCAUCACUUCCGGUGCGACCCGGAAGUGAAGGCGGUGGACACGCCGCACAGUCGCUGGUUUCUGGAGGAUUCUGUGCCGAGCGCGGCGGGCUGACGGGAGAACCCUGGUGGAACCCUGGUGGAACGCGUUCUUCACUGAGGUCAGUCCUUCACAGGGGGUUCUAACGCGUCCACCACGUGACGCCCGGCCACACACGGCUGACGUCACAGGCAGCGUGUCACCGGGAGGGUUCCCCAAUGCUAGCCGGCUAACGCUAGCUCCAGCAGCGGCGCUCUCAUGUUGAGAUGAGAGAGAUCUGUGAACCGUCUGUGGAGGAAAGCUAACCCACGAAUGGCCUGCCAGUCUGUCUCUGCAGUCAUGGACGAGCAGGCCCUGCUGGGGCUCGACCCCAACGCCGACGCCCGCUACAGGCAGAGGGCCAUGGCUUACUUUGAGCAGCUGAAGGAGUCUCAGGACGCCUGGGAGGUUUGUGCCGAGGCUCUCGCUAACGGGAUUUACAACGACGACCAUGUGAAGUUCUUCUGCUUCCAAGUGUUGGAGCAUCAGAUAAAGUUCAGACACGCUGGUCUGAGUUCAGUUCAGCAGCAGCUGAUCAGAGAGACUCUGAUGAAGUGGCUCCAGUGUCAGCUGAUGAACUCUCAGCCUGAGAAGCCGUUCAUCAGGAACAAGGCGGCGCAGGUGUUCGCCCUCACCUUCGUCAUGGAGUACCUGACUCUGUGGCCCAAGUUCUUCUUCGACGUCCUGUCCCUGGUGGGGCUGAACCCGCUCGGCGUGGACAUCUACCUGAGGACGCUCAUGGCCAUCGACGGCGAGGUGGUGGACCGAGACAUCCUCCACUUACCCGAUGAGACGCGUAGAAACACCUUAAUCAAAGACCGCAUGAGGGAGGAGUGCAUCCCCAACCUGGUGGAGUCCUGGUUCCAGAUCCUGCAGACCUACCAGCAUUCCCACCCGGAGCUCACCUGUCAGUGUCUGGAGGUGGUGGGAGCCUUCGUGUCCUGGAUCGACCUCAACCUCAUCGCCAACGACCGGUUUGUGAACCUGCUGCUGAGUCAGAUGUCGGUGGAGGAGCUCAGAGAGGAGGCCUGUGACUGCCUGUUUGAAAUAGUCAACAAAGGGAUGGACCCCGUGGACAAAACCAAGCUGGUGGAGUCUCUGUGUCAAGUCCUGCAGUCGGCUGGAUUCUUCAACGUGGAGCAGGAGGAGGACGUGGACUUCCUGGCCAAGUUCUCCCGUCUGGUGAACGGGAUGGGUCAGAGUCUGGUGCUCAGCUGGACCAAACUGGCCAAAACCGGCAACGUGAAGGACACGGCGGAGACGCUGCAGGCCGUGGAGACCAAAGUGCCGCUGCUGCUGCAGCUGCUGGUGCACGAGGACGACGACAUCUCCGCCAACAUCGUGGGCUUCUGCUACGAGUACCUGCACGUCCUCAAGCAGCUUCCACAACUGACAGACCAGCAGAAGACAAACAUCGAGGCGAUCAUGCUGGCCGUUAUGAAGAAACUGACAUAUGACGACGAGUACAACUUUGAAAACGAGGGUGAAGAUGAGGCCAUGUUCGUGGAGUACAGGAAGCAGCUGAAGAUGCUGUUGGACCGUCUGGCUCAGGUUUCUCCUGAACUGCUGCUGGAGGCCGUACGACGAGUCUUCACCAACACCAUGCAGACCUGGCAGACGGCGUCGUUCAUGGAGGUGGAGGUCGCCGUCCGGCUGCUCUACAUGCUCGGCGAGGCUCUGCCGGCGUCUCACGGCGCCCACUUCACCGGAGACACGGCGAAGACCAGCGCCCUGCAGGACAUGAUGAGGACGCUGGUGUCGUGCGGCGUGAGCAGCUACCAGCACAGCUCCGUGUCUCUGGAGUUCUUUGAGACCGUCCUCAGAUACGACAAGUUCUUCCUGGUGGAGCCGCAACACAUCCCCAACGUACUGAUGGCGUUUCUGGACCAACGAGGACUGAGACACAGCAGCCCAAAGGUCCGCAGCAGAGUGGCCUACCUGUUCUCCAGGUUCAUCAAGACUCUGCAUAAACACAUGACGGCCUUCAUCGAGGACAUCCUGACCCGGAUCCAGGACCUGCUGGAACUGGCUCCUCCUGAAAACGGCUUCCCGGUGCUGCUGACCAGCGACGACCAGCUGUUCAUGUUUGAGACGGCGGGCGUUCUGAUCGUGAACGGGGAGAGUCCGGCGGAGAGGAAGCAGGCGCUGAUGAGGAGCCUCCUGCUGCCGCUGCUCGACGCCUUCCGCCUGCUGCUCGCCAAGCUGGCGCGGGAGACGGAGGACGAGAGGCAGGCGGUGCUCGCCGACUGUCUCAGCCACGCCGUCGGGUUCGCCAGUCGGACCAGCAAGGCGUUCAGCAACAAGCAGACGGUGAAGCAGUGCGGCUGCACGGAGGUCUACAGAGACUGUCUGCAGACCUUCCUGCCGGCGCUGAGCUGCCCCGUCCAGCGGGGGGCGCUGAGGAGCUCGGUGCGCUCCUUCCUCCACCGGAUGAUCAUCUGCAUGGAGGAGGAGGUGCUGCCCUUCAUCCCCGCCGCCUCCGAGCACAUGCUGAAGGACUGCGAGGCCAAAGACCUGCAGGAGUUCAUCCCCCUCAUCAGCCAGAUCACCGCCAAGUUCAAGCAGCAGGUGUCUCCCUUCCUGCAGCAGGUCUUCAUGCCGCUGGUCCUCGCCAUCUUCGGGGUGUUGUCCCGGCCGGCGGACGACAACGACCAGGCGGCCGCUCUGGAGAAACAGAUGCUGAGGAGGAGCUACUUCACCUUCAUCCAGACGGUCGCAGGGAGCGGCAUGAACGAGGUGAUGGCCAACCAGGGAGCAGAGAACAUCGAGCGCGUCGUGUUCACCAUCAUCCAGGGAGCCGUGGACUUCCCCGACCCCAUCGCCCAGAAGACCUGCUUCAUCAUCCUCUCCAAGCUGGUGGAGCUGUGGGGAGGUAAAGACGGCAUGGUGGGAUUCCCCGACUUCAUCUACAAACACAUCGUCCCUGCUUGUUUCCUGGCUCCUCUGAAGCCGACCUUUGACCUCUCAGACGCUCAGACGGUGCUGACGCUGUCGGAGUGUGCAAUCACGCUGAAAAUGAUUCAUCUCAAAAGGGGGCCGGAGUUCAUCCAGUACUUACAGCAGGAAUAUUUACCUUCACUACAGGUGUCGCCAGAAAUCUCUCAGGAGCUUUGUCAAGUUAUUCAGCAGCCGGAUGUCAAAGUCCUGAAAAACUACAUUAAGGCGUUCUUUCAGCGAGCCAAGCUGUAGGAGGUGAACGAGGAGGUUCACGUCACAGGAAGUGGUCGUACACAACGCUAACAACACAACAGGGACCGUAGCAUAGGAGCUGCUUUUGCACUUAACGAGUGAACGCAUGACGAAGUCUGACUGAAGUCGAGAAGUGGACGGACGGACGCUCGGUGGACGGAACGAAUCCCAGACGAGAGGAGCUGUCCACGAGGACUGAAGGAGCUCCACUGAGGCUCAGACAUGUGGAGACGUUCUGUGGAAGGAAAGUAAAGUCAUAUCUGUGAGGAGAGGAAACGUUUGGUAAUCGUCCUGAAAACGAAGCUUUAUUCCGGUAAAAACAUUCACGUUCACAAACACAUUUCAACACGUUAGACGUCUCUGGAUGCUGUUGUUGCCACGAGGUGGACAGAAAACAAAAGGGCUGAACUGUUAUUGUAUUCAGAAUGUGGCAUUGAUUUCUUUUUUUUUAUUGUGUUAAGUUUGAAGUGAAACGUAGUCGAUCUGCUUCUUCCUUCGUGUUAUUUCAAAAACAUCCUUUUCCCUCAUUCUCCACUUAAGAGCAGUUUUUGUGUCUGUUACCUGAUUCUCACGUUUUCAGCCCCUUUAUGGUGAAUUUGUGUUCAAAUCGAAGACCUGAUGGAUUCUUUUUUUGACUAAUAUUUCUAAUUUCAGAUGGAAAUGAACAUAAAAUGGAGGAACAAAAUGUAAAUAAGAGAAUAAGUUGUUGAAAAUGUAAAUAAAGUUCCUAGGUUUACUUUUUUUAAAAUCUUCAUUCCCAUCUGGAAGCUAAAUAUGGAAGAUCAUUUCUGACAGAAAAAAAAAAAAAAAACGUACUCAUUAAGUAAAGAGAUGAUAAGUUAAGUUCUUACGUAAUCCAACAUUUGAAUUAUUAGAAUUUGGGGUUUAUUUUUAUACAAUUGUGACUUGAAAAAGUUAUUUUUCUUUUUCUAAGUAUCAUUAUUUUGACUUGCUAUUGAUUUUGUUUAUCAUAGAGACUUCAUAUCUCAUUAUUUGACGUUGUAAAUCUAAUUUUUGUGACAUAAGAAAGGGAACAUUUUCAUACUUAACACUACGCAGACGUAUUGGGCCAUUGCUGGUAACAUUUUUUAUUAAUUACUAAAUUCUCUGAGACUAAAGUGGUAAAUUUACAGACAAAUGACACUUAAAUACAAAACAUACUUCACUCUUGUGGUGAAAUUUUGACGUGGUGUCUCAAACUCUAGUUUUUUUUUAUUUAUCAUGAUUUUUAGUUUUCAUACAUGACUCAUUAUUUUGACCUUAAUAUCUCAUAAUUGUUACUUAAUUUUGGUAAAGUAUCUAAAAAUAUUGAUUUGUGACAUAAAUCCACAUUUUGAUUUAUAAUUUUGGCCAGUUAAAUCUAAAUCUUAAAAUCUCAAAAAUUCGUAAAAAGUAUUUUUUUUUACAUUUUAUCUUUUUUUUCUGCGUUAAUGAGCUUCCAUAAAAACUGACAAACUGGUUCUUCAUUCAUGUUAAAAAAAAGUGAAUUUGUGUACAGAAGUGGCUCCAUUUAAUUUUGUAUUCAAGCAUUUUUUGACAAUUCAGGAUGAUUGAUCGAUCGAUUUGAUUAUGCAAACGCUUCACUGUGAUCAAUACUGUGAAGGAGCUGGAACGACGAAAACCAAUCAGUGCGAGGCGACGAGAUCUGACUGUAAAAAAAAAACAAACAUCUGUUGACUUUGUACAGAUGCUUCUUCAUCUGAUUACAGAUAAAAAAAAAUUACAUUAAUUUAUAGAAAGUCCCGGAACAAACGGAAUAAAAACAAAGAGAUUUCAAAGUACAAGUUUAAGUGUUUUACAUGUUUCUUAUUGUCACAAAUCUAAAAUGUACUCUUAGAUUUGUCUACAGUAGAUAAGUACUCAGAUAAUCUACAGUAAACUCCCAAAACAAAUAAAUAUAAAUGCUGUAUUUGUUUGGGGACUAUUUUCAGCAGCGGAUUAAUCCACGUUUGGAUUUAGAUGGCAUUUGUUGACGUGAAGAAAUAUGUAGAAUAUCACCAAACUUACCUUUCAGAUAAUUUAAAUAUAAUGAUGAAUGUGCACCUCAUGUCAUUAUCUUCAUGUUUAGAAAGUAAGUUCAACUUUAAUCUUGACAUUAAAAACAGUAGUUUGACAAAAAGAGAACUGAUCUCAAGGUCUUCUUCAGAGGCAGAACUUCUGUAAGGACCUUUAGUGAAGACGUUUCUGUCAAACCGGUUAAGCUAAUGUUAUAAAUGGUUUGCAAACAUGGUCUUAUAUUUUUUGCUUUUGCUGUAAAUUGUUUAAAAGGAUUUUUAUGAGUUUAAACGCUGUGGUUUCAGUUUAGAGAUGGGUUUAGCGUAGCUUAGCACAAAGGCUGGAAGCAGGGGGAAACUGCUAGCCUAGCUAGAGGAACAGUUCAACAUUUUGAGAAGCUUACUUCAUUUUUCUGAGUGAAAUGACGAACUGGAUAUCAAUCUCAUGUCUGUUUGUUACUUUAAGACAGGAGCUAAAGUCUGGACGUGGUUAGCUUAGCUUAGCAUAAAGACUGGAAACGGGGGGAAACGGCUAGCUUAGAGGAAAAGUUCAAUAUCUAAGAUAAGUUGACUUUGUCUUUUAAGAAUGAGAUGUUUGGAUGGAUAUCAGUCUCACGUCUGUGUGUUCAUUACAUGUGUGGAGUCAGGGCAUGGUUAGCUUAGCUUAGCAUAAAGACUGGAUACAGUGGUAAACUGCUAGCCUAGCAACAUCAAAAGAAAAAUAAAAUGUCUCCUUCACACUCAAAAGCUUUUUGAUUAACAUGUAUGUUUAGUGUGGAGUUGGGAUAUGGUAGGGUUAGCUUAGCUUAGCAUUAAGAUUGGAGUGGGGCUCACUAAUUCACACUUUGUGUCUCGUUUGUUAAAUUUGUUGUGUAUUUUGCACACAAACAAACGUUUGAGGUUUUAGAGGCACUUCUUGAGCUAUUUCGUGCUAAGCUAGGCUAACCACAUCCAGACUUUGUUAUUAAACACAGAUCGUCUCACUCUCACAGAGAACUCAGAUACUGAACUCCUCCCUCUGAAGUCUCUCCAGGUUCUGACUGUACGAAUGCUGGUCUGUAAAACGAACACUAAACCGCCGGCUGAGUCUGGAUCUGUUCUUAACUUAUGGAAACAAAGUCCAAUCAACUUGAACGACGGAUAUUUACCGCGGCGUAUGAGGGCCACUAUAGGUUAAAUAUUACGACAGAUAACCCAAGGGAAUAUUUGAGUAGUAUAUAGUAAAUUUGUGACCUUUUCCUCUUAAAUUUACCACUUUAAUCUCUGAGAACAUCCAAGUUUCUUUCUUAUAAAUUUGUGUUUUUUCUCGAAACAUUUAACGCCCUCCCUCAGCUCCGUAUUUUAUUUAUUUUUCACCUUCCCCAGCCCUGAGACGCCGUCGUAGAUAUCCCUCAACACCUGAAGUAAUAUUUUUUGUGAUUGUGUUGGUCAUCGUACCGUCGUAGUAUUCACCCACUAAAGUAGAAUCAGCGUUUAUCAAAGGAUAAAGAAGAAAACAAGUUAACUGAUGAAUUUUUCAGGUUGUUUCAGCCGGUUUGUUUAUCAUUUUCAUCUCAUCGCUGAGGUUUGAGAGAAAAUAAACUUUGUUCAUUGCUGGUGAAAUGUGUUGAAACCUGGAUAUUAUUUUUGUUUUGAUAUGGAGAUAAACCUUCUGUUAGAACCAAUAAAGUGUUUACUAAUC